AUGUUCCAUCUGUGUUCAUUUGCCCAAAUUUCACUCGAACCAAUGGAAGACCCGGUGACUCUUUGCACCGGUCAAACCUAUGAACGCUCCAACAUCUUGAAAUGGUUCAGUCUCGGCCAUUUCACUUGCCCCACCACUAUGCAAGAGCUUUGGGAUGAUUCUGUUACCCCAAACAAGACGCUUCACCAGUUAAUCCAUACCUGGUUUUCUCAAAAGUACUUACAAAUGAAGAAGAAAUCCGAAGAUGUUCAAGGAACCGCAUCCGACAUUUUAGAUACGCUCAAAAAGGUAAAAGGCCAGGCCCGUGUUCAAUCCCUGAAGGAGCUCCGGCGAGUCGUAACCAAUCACGCCACCACCAGAAAAACGGUGGUCGAAAAAGGAGGCGUAACUCUUCUCUCAUCUCUAUUAGGUCCUUACACAUCUCACGCCAUUGGUUCCGAGGUAGUAUCGAUUCUCGUCAAUCUCAGUCUCGAUUCAUCUUCAAAGUUGAAUCUAAUGCAACCUGCGAAGAUUUCACUGGUCAUCGACAUGUUAAACGAAGGCUCCAUUGAAACGAAGAUCAAUUGCACCAAAUUGAUUAAAACCCUAAUGGAAGAAGAUGAUUUUCAAGUCGAAAUCGUGUCUAGCCAUAGCCUUUUAGUCGCUUUGAUGCGAUUAGUCAGAGAUAAACGACACCCAAGCGGGAAUCUACCAGGUCUAAGCCUACUCAAAUCCAUAUCCUCGCAUAAACAAGUAAGAUUCUUAAUCGUUAGCAUCGGUGCCAUCCCUCAGUUGGUAGAAUUACUCCCCGGAUUAAACCCUGAAUCAUUGGAACUCGCUCUGUUCAUCUUGGAUUCCGUGUCGACGAUAAAAGAAGGUAAACUGGCAUUAAGCAGUUGUUCAAACACGAUUCCCAACAUGGUUAGAGUUCUGAUGAGGGUUUCUGAAAGCUGUACGCAACUUGCUCUAUCAAUUCUAUGGUCGAUCUGCAAGCUGUCACCUGAAGAGUACUCAUCAAUCGCUGUGGACGUUGGUCUUGCAGCAAAACUUCUCCUAGUGAUUCAAAGUGGCUGUGAUCCGUUGCUAAAACAGAAAUCAGCAGAGCUCUUAAAGCUAUGCAGCUUGAAUUACACAGAUUCAAUUUUUAUUUCCAAGUGCAAGCUUACAAGAACGAUUAGGUGA